AUGGCCACUCCCCAAGCUCUCACGUUUCUCGGCCUCGGCAACAUGGGUUCCGCCCUUGUACAAACUCUUCUGAAGGCAUCUCACAGAGUGACCAUCUGGAACCGCACUGUCGAUCGACCUCAGGUCAAAGCUGCUGUUGAGGCUGGAGCUAUCCUCGAAGUGGACGUCCAGACUGCCAUCUCAAGGAACAAUAUCAUCGUCAUCUGUCUCCUCGACUACUCCAGCAUCAAGACUGCACUAGCUGGAAUCUCAGCCUCUGCUCUCGAUGGAAAGACCAUUGUCAACCUUACCAACGGUACGCCGAAACAAGCACGAGAGAUGGCAGCUUGGACCGCCUCCCACUCUGCCAAACACUACUUUGACGGGGCGGUCAUGGUAACGCCUCAGAUGAUCGGCGGGCCCCAGUCAUUUUUUGUCGUCAGUGGACAAACCUCCGAAGCAUUCAAGCCCAUCGCCUCUCUCCUCGAACCGAUCGGAAGGCCAGAGUAUCUCGGCACUGCCAUCGAUGCUGCUGCUCGGUAUGACCUUGCUGCUUUGUCAUCAAUGUUCGGCAUGUUCAGCGGAAUGUUUGUCGCCAUGGCACUGCUCAAGAAGGGUCACACUAAAACCGACGAGAAGCUUGAACCUGUGGUGUCAGGCAGCCUGAACCCGUUCUUGGGUGCAUUGAUCCCGUAUAAUGGGCUUCUUGCCCGGUCUUGGGACGACAAGGCGUGGGAUGAUAACCUGGGAAAUCCGAUCGGGAUGCAGGUACAGGCGUUGAGGAAUAUUCUGGAGGCUUGUCGUGAUGAUGGGAUGGAUGAUGGGUUUCUCAAGAACUUGACGACGGUUAUGGAGGGGGUGGUGAAGGAUAGAGGAGAGAAUGGUGGGAUCGCCGUGAUUGGAGAGUAUCUCUUAAACGGACGGUUGACUAAAGAGUAG